AAAAGAAAUAAAAAUGUCUGGAGCUAUAUCUUUACCAGCCGACGAGUCGGGGACAAGUAAUUUAGCUCAAGCUCGCGCAUGGUUUAACCACAAAUGGUACGGAGAUAACAGUGAAAAUGCCCCAUUGUUAAAUCGUGAGCGAGGUACUGUGGAGCCACCCAAAAAGACGACGUUUCGUAUCGUGGUGACGAUUGCGUUAUCCGUGAUUGCAUUAAUUAUUAUUGGCGUCGGCGCAGGAUUUUGGUUCCAUGCGCACGAAAAGAGAUCAUAUCCUCCUCCCGCCCAACGCGGAUUGACAAACGCCGAAAAAUUGAUGCUGGAAUUACCUUCCAACACCAAAUUACGCGAUUAUCUUAAAGAAUACACCUCGGUCACUCAUUUAGCAGGUACUGAAAACGAUAAAAAGCAAGCUGAAUGGACUCGCGAUGUAUUCCAAAGCUACGGCUUAGAGACUAAAAUCGAUACCUAUUGGCCACUCUUAAACUACCCUGUUUCACAUCGUCUUGCAUUAUUCUCUGGUCCCGAACACCUUCGAUACGAAGCUAAAUUAACUGAAGAUGUCGUGGAUGAAGAUGAAACAAGCAAGGAUCCUAAUGCUGUCCCCACCUUUCAUGGAUAUUCCAAGAACGGCACCGCCACUGGUCGCGUUGUCUAUGCAAACUAUGGUCGUAUUGAGGAUUUCCAGUAUUUACAAGAUCAAGGUAUUGAAUUAAAAGGUACUAUUGCACUUGUUCGUUAUGGUGGUUCAUUCCGUGGUCUCAAAGUAAGAGCUGCGGAGGUGUUUGGCUGCGUAGGAGCUUUAGUGUACUCCGAUCCUAUUGAUGAUGGACCAUUAAACAAGGAUAAUUCCUCUAAUCCUGCCGAGUCUUACCCUCAUGGUCCUUGGCGCUCCAAGAGCUCUGUACAACGAGGUUCGGUGCAAUACUUAUCACUUGUUGCUGGUGAUCCCUUAACACCUGGUUAUGCCGCUACCGAAAAUGCCACCCGUAUUAAGCCCGAAGAUUCUCCUGGAUUAGCCAAGAUUCCAUCUUUACCGUUGUCUUGGGAAGAUGCACUUCCUCUUUUGAAGGCUACACAGGGUUUGGGUGUACGAAAGGAACAAGACUGGGCAGGUGGACUUGAGGAAGUGGAUUAUUACAGUGGUCCUACCGAAGGUGAUGUCAUCAUGAUCAACCAUAUUGAAAACAAGAUUACACCUAUUUGGAACGUCAUUUCUCGUAUUCCCGGCACAGAUGAACCCGAGAAGGCAAUUAUUUUGGGCAACCAUCGAGAUGCGUGGGUGUAUGGCGCUGUGGAUCCUUCUUCUGGGUCUGCCGCUAUGAUGGAAUUGGCUCGAGUUUUAGGUGAGAUUUUAAAGACAGGAUGGCGUCCUCGCCGUACCAUUAUCUUAGCCUCAUGGGAUGCUGAGGAAUACGGUCUUGUUGGAUCUACCGAAUGGGUAGAAGAUAAUAAGGAAUGGUUGGAUAAGGAAGCUGCCGUUUAUAUUAAUGUCGAUGUUGCCGUUUCUGGAUCCCAUUUCUCCGCUGAAGCCUCGCCUUCUUUAAAGCGUCUCUUGUACGAUAUUACCGCUUUAGUGAAUGAUCCUCGUACCAACACUACAGUAUUUGAAGCCUGGUCUGCUGAUACCAAGGCCGAAGAAAAUGAAAAGCCUCAUGUUGGUAUUUUAGGCUCUGGGUCUGAUUUUGUGCCAUUUUUGGAUCAUGUUGGUAUUGCCAGUGUGAAUUUGAACUUUGAGGGUGAUUAUGGUGUUUAUCAUAGUAACUACGAUAGCUUCCAUUGGAUGGAAAAAUACGGUGACCCCGAGUUCCUUUACCAUCAGGCCAUGGUGCGCGUCUGGGGUUUACUUGCUUUACGACUUGCGGAUUCCGCCAUUUUACCCAUCUACCCUGCCGAUUAUACCUCUGAACUUGGCAACUAUAUCGAAUCCUUGACGCAUGCUUCCGCACCUCAUACUUUCCCACAAUUAGGAGAAGCACUGAAGAAAUUGGAAAAGACAGUGCGUCGUUUUGAAAGUAAGCGAGAGCGCUUGGAAAGCCGUAUCAGUGAAUUUGAAUCUUUGGAUCGUCUCCCCAGUGUACUUGUAAAGCGAUUGACCAAAAUCAAUCAUCGUUUGGCAAAUUUUGAACGUGGUUUUGUGGACCAGGAAGGUAUCAAAGGCCGUGAAUGGUUUAAGCAUGUGGUUUAUGCGCCUGGUCUCUGGACGGGUUACUCUGGCCAAGUGUUCCCUGCUAUUGUCGAUAGUAUGGAAGUGCAUGAUUUUGAACAAGUGCGUCAUGCUGAAGAAAGAGCUGCCAUCAGUAUUCGUGCAUCUGCCGAGUGGUUAAAGGCUAAAUAAUUUCAAUUAAAAAAUAAAGUAUUUUACAUUUCAUUCUGGCAUUCAUGCAAGCUGAGUAUAAAAAAUCAGAUGGGUGCUGCAGGAACAAACAA